AUGGCGGGGAGGCCGGAGGGAGCCAAGGCAAGCCCCGACCGGGCCGGGAAAGGGGCACCCCGGUCCAAUGACGCUCAGAUGAAGGCGGAGAGGCUGAAGGAGAUGCUCAAGCAGAAGUACAGCCGGCAGAAGGAAGAGACAGACGAGAUGGAGAAGCGAAGGAACAAGCUCGAGGCGCAGAUGAACGAGAUGAGCCUGAGCGAGGAACAGAAGAAGACCUACCGCGAGGAGCUGGGAAAGAUGGAGGCUCAGACGAUGCGGGAGACACGGAAGCGACUCAGCACGGACGACUUCAACUCCCUGGCGAUCAUCGGUCGAGGGGCUUUUGGAGAGGUUCGGCUGGUCCGUAAGAAGGAUACAGGCGUGGUGUGGGCCCUGAAGAGCAUGACCAAGGACGCCAUGGUUGUCAAGAACCAGGUCGGCCAUGUCCAAGCGGAGCGCGACAUCCUGGCGGCGUCGGACAACGCUUGGGUCGUCGGUCUUGAGUAUUCCUUCCAGGACGACAUCAACCUCUACAUGAUCAUGGAGUUCUUGCCGGGAGGCGACCUGAUGAGCCUGCUCAUGAAGGAGGACAUUUUUCCGGAGGUGGCCACUAGGCAGUACAUGGCCGAGAUGAUCGUUGCCGUCGCAACCGUGCACCGCUUGGGCUACAUCCACCGCGACCUGAAGCCAGACAACAUCCUGCUAGACUGGCAGGGUCACCUCAAGCUUACGGACCUAGGGCUGUCCAAAAAGGUUGAGAUCAGCCCUUCCUACUUCGGGGUAAAGCCGGAGGACCUCAACGUGCACGCCGCGGCGGCCCGGGAAGACACCAGGCCGAUGCCGGCGAAGCCAGUCGGCCACGUGCGCGGCCACACCGGCAUACAGGGGCCUAACAAGGGCAACAAGGUUAACAAGGACCGAAAGUUGGCGUUCUCGACGGUGGGGACGCCAGACUACAUCGCGCCGGAGGUACUCGCUCAGAAGGGCUACGGGGCGGAGUGCGACUGGUGGUCUCUUGGGGUAAUUAUGUACGAGUGUCUGGUGGGGUACACGCCGUUUUACGCCGACGACCCAGUCAUGACGUGCCGGAAAAUUCUCCGAUGGCAGCAGUUUUUCAAUGUCCCGGACAACGUGGUGAGGAAAUUGAGUCCCGAGUGCAUGGACUUCAUGAUGUCGUUCGUGUGCGAGUCGUCCACGCGGCUUGGCAGGCAGAACAUGGACGAGAUCAAGAGCCAUCCCUGGUUCGCGUCUCUGCGCAGACAAUAUGUCGGUCCUCCUGGAGAGCGUGAAGCACGUAGCGGCCACGGACCCUGA